AUGACUCGCUUCCUCACCUCUACCCUCCUCUCCCUUUCCCUCUUCCUAGCAACCAUUCAUGUAGCCACCGCACGCCCCCCACUUGGCUUAUUGUACCCAGACUCACCCACAGCUGAAUGCUGCGACACAUCGAGCACCUGGUCUUCCUUCGAGGACAACUCACUAGGCCUAGGCACAACCUACUGGGCAUUCUCAUCAUGCGCACGUAUUCCAUUUCGCUGUUACCCACGCACACAUUACCUCACUUCCUAUCUCCCCUCACGCUGGUCGGCUAACAAACAGGAUGGAAUGUUAGAAGUUUGCUGUGGUCAAGGCACGGAAGGUCCUAGUAUUAGUGAAGGUGAUAACAGACAUAUCCCGUAUCCUGGGAAUUGGUGCGAGGCUUCGCUAGGAUAUGUCCUUUGCUGUGUGCCCGCCGUAGGAAAUGGCGAAUGCCGACUCAACGGCGCGCAAGCGCAUUACUUGCAGGUCAACAGCAUGGAUAUACCUCAUACUGUUGUCAAUCAGUGUUUGCAGCCGGGCGUAGCCGGGUGGAAGUAUUGUGUCAAGCCAGGUACAAGCUGGUAA